GAACGAGGGUGGUUCUGUGUAUUGUGAUCAAUAUCUUGUUCUACUCUGAAGGUACAUUGAUAUUUACAGUGAUUUUAUUAUAUCCUGCUAACAUUAUUGUUGUUAUAGAUAAAAAUAUAGUUUUAUUAUAAAGAAUCGUUCCAAAAUCUGCAUAAAGCCUAUAAACUAAUUGAAAACCAUGGUUGUUUCCAGAAUAUACCGAUUGACAGGAUUGAUGUUGUAAAAUUCAGUGAUGAUGGGGAGGGUUGCUAGCCCGAUGGAAGUUGGGUAGGCAACUCCCCCCUGGGCAGUUAUGGAGCCCAGGCCUCUUGCCAUCCAUAAGAUGGAGGCACUAGUCAAGCAGAUGCAGGAUCCAGAAACUGGUGUUCCAGUGAGAUGCCAGAAGAUAUUUCUUACAUCAAUUCCUUCGGCAUUCAUAGGAUACGAUCUUAUUGAAUGGAUUAUCGACCAUCUGAAUAUUGAAGAAUCAGGUGAAGCCCUUCAUCUAGCCAACCUCCUGUGCCAAUAUGGAUAUAUUUUUCCCGUCACAGAUUAUAAAAAUUUGACAGUUAAAGAUGACAAUUCAUUAUAUAGAUUCCAGGCUGCUUAUUACUGGCCCUGGCAUCAUAGGCAUCCAGAUAAUGUGGAAUAUGCCAUAUAUCUUGUCAAACGGACCCUUCGUAACAAGCAGAGACAUGCCCUAGAAGAAUAUGAACUGGAAGCAUUGACCUGCUUGAAGAGAUCUUUAACAAACAAAUGGGAUUUAAUUACUAUGCAGGCGGAAGAACAAGCUGAGGAUGCUAAUUAUGUUCAGAAAAAUUCAGGGACAUGUGUAAGUACUAAUUGUCCUGUUUUCUUAUGUGCCUUCCUCUUUGUGCCUUCUGGUUGA